CCGGGGGGGAUACAACUUUGUCUACCUUUUUCUUUCAUUGGGAUAGUAGGACAAGGUGGCAUCUCGAGAUGAGAAGGAAUUUGUGAAUCAAUUGCGAAUUCAAUCUUAUUCAGUGGUCAAAGUCUUCCCAUAACUGCGGAUUUCGACGCAAUGCUCUGGUUUUGGGUAUUCCUCUUCUUCAGCACUAUUGCUGUUCAGGCCCGGCCUGAUGCUCGUUCCCUGCUUGAUCGACGCGCAGAUGGAGACCAAUUUGCAGUCAAUGAAUCUUGCGCCAACGUUUGUCCAAAUGACUACACUUGUGCUGGUCAAGAUACCUGCAUCAGUCCUGCGGGGGAGAAGUUCUUGAUCUGCGAUUUCCUGUGGUUUCAAUGCCAUAGCCCUCUAACCUGCUGCAAUCAUCUGUGCAAAAAUCUUAACAAGGAUUUCUUCGACUGUGGUGCUUGUGGAAACAAGUGCCCUUGGGAAUCGAAAUGUAAGAAUGGAAUAUGCAAGUGCAAGAAAAACGGUUAUCUCGUCUGUAAUGGACAGUGUAUCGACCCCCAGACUAAUAACAGUAACUGUGGUGGCUGCAACAUUGUGUGCAAACCACCAGAAACCUGCCAACAAGGCAUGUGUUCAUGUCCGGCCCCCAAGGUAUAAUGUAGCGGACAAUGCACCGACACUUCAACUGACAAUGAAAACUGUGGCAGUUGU